AUGAGCUCCUUCUACCGCCCCUCCAACAAAACCACGGCCCAGGCCAACUCGGCCAAGCUCACGCGCUCGGAGCGCGAGGCCCUGGAAGAAAACAACCUCAACAUCCUGCGCGCCAGCAUCGAGCGCACACUAUGGUGUCUCGAGCCGAGUAGCCCUCUGGCAGCCACUCUCCGCAGUACCCAGCAAGAGAUCACUCGACAUUCUCUAUCAUCGCUUAUGCGCGAGAAGCAACCACUCCAAGUACAAGAAGACUCGGAAGAUGAAGAUGAAGACGACGACAAUCUCCUCCCCGACGAAAUCUUCGUCCAGAGCUCGCCGCUCAUUCCCCGCAACAAAAGAACUUCGGCCCGUCUAACGACCAAACUUCCCGACCGACGACGCCCGAUGCCCCGUGAGCAAAUCCUGCCCAGUAUUGAAAAGACAAUCUCCGACCGAACGUCCGAGUCAGUUACUGUGGCGUCUGCGGUGUUCGACUCGCCCAUUAAAGAAAACAGCGCGACCACGGCUGCGACGAGCGUCGAGGCGGAGGAGACGAAGCCCGAGUUCAAGACGCCGGCCAAGAAGAGAGCUGCCGAGGAUGACUACGAGCCUUCAGCUGCGAAGAGGAUUAAAUCGUGGCUGGGCAAUGUUAGCAUCACCAAUCUUAUGGGAGGAUCUAUGGAGUAA